CUCACACCAAACCACCAGGGCAAGUAAUGUUGUCGCGGGCCGAGAAACUGGUUCGUACUUCACUUGUUGUGCUCCAUCUCUUUCCGCUGGGCCUGGAUGUCUUACUACCUCCAGCCACAUCUCCGAAGGAGCUUGUUCCGCCAUUGUCCAAUCAACGAUUUCAAUCCGGAAGGUACGCGACGGGUACUUUCGGAAAUGUGGCUCGGGCCAGGCACACCCGCGCGGCACUGUGGCUGAUCCCGACGGCAACCGAGGAUAUCCGCGACGCUAGUCGUGCAGAAAUUUGAUCUAUACCGGU